GAAGGAAGGAAGGAAGGAAGGAAGGAAGGAAGGAAGGAAGGAAGGAAGGAAGGAAGGAAAAGGAAAGGGGGUUAAAUCCUCUCCUCAUACACUCUUGAGAAACAGAGGAGGUAGCUAACUGUGCCCCUGCAAGACUCCUCCCCGUCACCACCAUGCCCGGUUUCCUAAAUAAACUCAAGGGCACGGUCAUCAUCAACGACGUGGACGAUGACCAAGUGGAUGGCGGGUCUUCCCAUCCGGUAAAGGAGCGUCGAAAAACAAGAACAAUAAAAGAACAAAACCACAGAAUGAUUUCGUGGACAUGUCACAUGAGGAACGACAGGAGAAGAAGGCGGAGCUGAAGUACAAGAAAAAUCCAACGUGUUUUGAUCGUGUUCCAGCCCGGGAAGAAGGUGAGGUUGAUGUACGUGGUAAUACUCUGUCUGUCGUUGGGUCCUCGGUACCAUAUAUCCUCACUACCUACACCUUCCAUAAGACUGUGGAUGAUAGACGAGGCAUCACCUGUGCCAUUAACAUAUCAUACAGGUUCAACUGCCAGCCAGGGGAAACGGCGGAGGAGAAUGCGUGUCACAUUCUCGGCUGUUGCUACGACACUGUGAAGGGUAGUGACCUCUACGCUCCCACCUGCUUCCACAGCAUCCCUUCAGAGUACGGCUACAUCAUCAACAACACCCAGGACACUGUUGCCCCCAGAUAUAACCCACUCGUGUACAGGCUGGAGAGCAAAGAGGAGCUCUCUCUCAACAUUACUCCCUUGAUGGAAAAGACCAAUUUCAAUACUACAGCCUGGUCCCUGCAGGCGAAGGUUCAGCGUCAGGGGAACGACGUGGUGCGUAUCUUGCUGUGGUGCCCCGAGAACAACACUCACUUUAACGACGACUUCAAACCAGAGAGCGGGAACGACUAUAAACUCGACGUGAUCAUCGAGGAGAAAGAGGGAGACUUUAACAUCACCGUCGUCCGCGUCGCCACGAACGAGACGUUGAUGGAGACGGUGUUUGGGCCCCUGAUCUACGGCGAAAAAUACAUGGAAAUCACCACCAGACUCCCUACCUACCACCUCUACGGUCUUGGCCAGAGAUACAACUACGAACUCAUUCCCAACUUCAAACAACGUGAGUCCUGGGCCCUCUUUAACCGCGAGGAGGACAUCAAGAGCGGGGCGACCUACGGCUCUCAUCCCUUCUACAUGAACUUUGAGAAAUCUGGUAACAUGUUCGGGGUGUACCUCAAGAACUCAGCGCCAGUAGAGGUAGGGGUCGUGCCGGUCCCUGGGGUAGUGUUCCGGGGUGUUGGCGGUGUGCUCGACUUUAGGAUCAUGGCAGGACCUAAACCCAUCGACGUCACCGAACAGUACACGAAAAUGGUGGGAAGGCCGACACUACCGCCACGAUGGUCUCUGGGCUACCACCUCUGCCGCACCACACUCAAUCAAACGGAAUACAACAACACCGUCGAGGUGAUGAAAGAAGCUAAAAUACCCUACGAGAGUGACUGCAUCGACGCCCGUCUUAGCUACCCUGACUCCUUCGCCUCCCUCCCGGCGAAGGAGAAGGAGAAGGUUGACGAAAUGAAGCUCUCUGGCCGCAAGUUCUUCAUGGUUCAAUAUCCCUUCGUUCGUGUGGGGAGUCAAACGUAUAACGAGACAAAAGAUCUGCAUGUCUUUAUGAAGCUAAACGCCACCAUGGACUACUUUGGAUCCGUGAAUAAGACGACGAUGGUUUACCCAGAUUACGUGGAUAACAACACCAUCCACAAAUGGAUGGAUAAUAACCUAAAUAUCACGAACCUUUACAACCUUACCGAUGGGAUUUUACUCUUGAGAAACUCGCCCUUGAAUGACGUGCAAUUGAACUACCAUGCUUGGGAUGUAUCAGGAGGACCCAACUGUACCGCCAGCACCCCAGAGAACUGUUGUCCCUCGGCCCAUCUGAAUUUCCACCCCGGCGGACUUACGGACAUCAACAACGGGACACUGUGUUGGGAGGCCCUCCAUCCUACCAUGAUGUCCUCACCUCACCUCGAGCUUCACAACGCUUACGGCAGAUACCAUCAUAUGCGUGUACACGAGGUGAUGAAG